AGAGGCUCUGUAUUUGGGACACUCCCCUUUCCUUCUCCCCAACUCCCUUGCAUCACCUCACCUGACAAAUGGGCAGGGCUAAUGGUCAUUUUUUGAAGGGUAUCAACCUUCUCUAAAACCCUCCCUCUAGGUGCUCAAAUACACUAAAACCCAUUUCUCCACCAUUAUUUCUUGCACUCUUGGGAUGACAAACCUCCAAAGAAAAUGAUCUCUUUCCUGGGUGUUGUUUAGUUUCUCCCUUGCCCUGUUUUCUUCUUCCUCUGUUCCCCUAGCUCCACAAAAGGCUGUACUGAGUUUGAAGAAGAAGGAAAAGAAAUUUGGUCUUGUUCUUCUGUUUGGAGGAAGAGAUGAGUAAAGAAGACGAUAUCAAGUUCCUCAAGAUACAGACCUGUGUUCUCAAAGUGAACAUACACUGUGAGGGAUGUAAGAAGAAGGUGAAGAAAUUGCUUCAGAAAAUUGAUGGAGUGUACACCACCACCAUAGAUGCAGAGCAAGGGAAGGUGACUGUUUCAGGCAAUGUUGAUCCUUCCACCCUCAUAAAAAAGCUUGGAAAGGCUGGCAAGCAUGCAGAGCUGUUGGCUCCAAAGGGUGGGAGCAACAGCAACAGCAACAACCAAUUCCAGAAGCCACAACCUGAGCAAGGGAAAGGGCAGGCCAAGGACAAUGGAAAGCCCCAGAAGGGUGGAGGUGGUGGUGGGAAUGGUGGAAAAGACCACAAGGGACAGCAAUCACCACCACCACCACCACCACCACCACCGCAGCAGCAGCAACGGCAACAACUACUGCAGCAACAAUUGCAGCAGCUACAGCAGAUGAAAGGAUUCGAAGAUCUAAAGCUGCCUCCAUUGAAGGACCUGAAGCUUCCCUUCCCAAAGGAUCAGAAAUCCGUGAACUUCGCCCCUCUCCCCGAAGACUGUGGCAGCGAUGGCGAUGAUUUCGAUGACUAUGAUGAUGAGGAUCUUGAUGAUAUGGAGGGAUUUGAUGCUGACUUUGAUGAGGAUUUUAAGAACAUCAAGAUUAAGCCCAUGAAUGCACCAACCAAUGGGAAUGGGAUGAAUGAUAAGAAGGGUGGCUGCGGUGGCGGUGGGAAUGCCAAGAAAGGUGGUGGUGGAGGUGGAGAUGCCAUGGUGCAAAACAAGGGAAUGGGUGGUGGCAAUGAGAAGAAGAAUGGCAACGGCAGUGGUGGCGGUGGUGGGAAAAAAGGCGGCGACGGCGGAGGAAAUCAGAGCCAGGGUGCCGGCAAUGCUGGCGGUGGAGCUGCUGCCAAGAAUGGUGGUGGUGGGAAGAAUGGUGGUGGGCCUGGGCAACAGGAUAACAAGAAUGGAGGGAACAAUAAGGCCACUUCCAAUGGCAAAGGCAAUGGCAAUGGUAAUGGUGGGAACAAUAGCAACAAUCCAGCCAGUGGAGGCAAGAAGGAAGGUGGUGGGGGCCAUCCACUGAUGAAUCCCACUAUGAUGGGCCAAGGCUUCCCUGGCAUGGGCUUGGGCCAGAUGGGGAACAUGCAAGCUCUCAUGGGCCAGAUGGGGAGCAUCCCAGCUGCGAUCCAGGGCCUUCCGGCCGGCGGCCCACCACCUGGAUACUUCCAAGGGGGGAUGGUGGUGCCACCGCCACCGCCACUGCCGCCGCAGCAGCUGGAGAUGAUGGCUGCUGCAAACCCAUAUCAGCAGCAGUACAUGGCUGCCAUGAUGCAGCAGCAGCAGCAGCAGCAGAAAAUGAUGAUGAUGAUGAAUGGGCAGGAUCAUCCAUAUCAGCCAAUGAUGGGGUACUCUCGGCCGCCGCCGCCACCACCGCCAAUUUACAACAUGUACCAGCCACCACCCCAGGCCCAGGGUGAGCCAUAUAGCAACUUCUUCAGUGAUGAGAAUCCCAGUAGCUGCUCAACUAUGUGAAUCCAAGUUGUUUGGUGGUUUUGUGGGCUAUGUUGCUCCUCCUCAAUUUCCUUGCCUAUCUCUUUAAAGUUCUCUGGGUGCAGGGAAGAGGCAUAUUAGUACUUCUGCUGCAUAUAGAUGGAAAAUGGGUAAUUUAGUAUUUUUCUCUUUAUUUCCUUUUAAUUUUUCAUGAGGAAAUGCUUUUUUGUCUCAAGUUGAAGUGAGGUCAAAGGCAUAUUUAUAUAUCUAUAUAGGGUUUAAUUAUGAUAUCUUAUCUUUUAGGACUUAGGGGUUGCUUGGUCCCUCUUAUGCUACUGUAAAAUGUGAAUGGAGUAAAAAGUGAAUGUCUUGUGAGGCUAGAUUCUGGAGAGCUUUAAAAAGCUUUCAUUGGAUGUGUCACAAAAAUCGAAGAAUAAUAAUAAUGGAACUGGUAGAAUGUCCUAUCCAUUG